AUGACUACCAUUGCUGGCUACCGCUGUUGUAAAACUGGAGACAACCGAAGGGGCAGUGGUAAUACCCAAGUCGAAACAGCUCGCCGUAGCGUGACUCUUCGCAUACGACACCAAGAAUCACCACCAGCGACUCUUGUAUUUGCCUUAGUUAUCCGAAAUCUAUCUUUAAAGAUUCCUUCAUCCCCGGUUUCAAAACAAACGUGGCCUCACUUAAACGGUCUCAGUCUAGCAGAUCCAGACUUUAGAGUACCUCGAGAGAUCGAUAUAAUUUUGGGUGCCGAUAUCUACGGCUCGUUAAUUCGAGACGGAGUUCGUCGUGGACGUCAAAAUGAACCAAUUGCUCAACGAACCGUCUUUGGUUGGACAAUCCUUGGACCACACUGGUCAGCAGAAGUUCCGAACCAUGUCGCUUCACCUAAUGUCACUGCAAUGCGCGUCAAAUCUCACGACGACCUUGUCGAGUUGCUGGAACGAUUUUGGGUUCAGGAAGAGAUCGCAGACCCAGUAAUCCCGGAGAACGAUCAUGAGUGUGAACGAUUGUUUCAAACUGAGCAUUGCCGUGACGUCGGUGGAAGAUAUACUGUAAGGCUUCCUCGUCGUUCGACACUCAAUUUUAUAUCGAUCUCUCGAGGUACUCUAAAGUCUGGAUCUGCUAGACUGAGACCGUUUAAGUGA